AUGAGCGGUGGUCGUUUUGAGUUUGAUGAUGGUGGUGCGUAUUGCGGUGGAUGGGAGGGAGGGAAAGCGCACGGGCAUGGCAUCUGCACGGGCCCCAAAGGACAGGGGGAGUACGCCGGGUCCUGGAACUAUGGAUUUGAGGUGGUGGGAGUCUAUACCUGGCCGAGUGGGAACACCUAUGAGGGUUAUUGGCAACAGGGCAAGCGCCACGGCCUGGGCAUCGAGACUAAAGGACACUGGAUUUACAAAGGCGAAUGGACGCACGGGUUUAAAGGCAGAUACGGCGUGAGAACAAACGUGGUGAGCGGUGCCAAGUAUGAAGGAACCUGGAAUAACGGUCUGCAGGAUGGAUACGGCACUGAGACGUACGCGGAUGGAGGCACUUUCCAGGGCCAGUUCACGGGGGGCAUGCGUCACGGUUACGGGGUCCGUCAGAGCGUUCCUUAUGGGAUGGCAGCAGUGGUGCGCUCCCCCCUGCGUACCUCACUUACCUCCUUGCGCUCGGAGCACAGUAAUGGGGCCGUGCUGCAGCAGGACGUCCCCCUCAUCACCACCACCAGCACCUCUGGAGAGGAGACGCCUCUGUCCACACCCACAGCUCUGGGCCCGACACGCGGAGGCUUUGCACUCACACUGCAAGUGGAUCCAGAGACCGCCAAAACCAAGAAGAAGGGCCUGUUUCAGAGGAGUUCUCUUCUGGAAUCAGCCCUGAGCUCCAACGCCAGCGACACCAACUCCACCAUCAGCCUGGGAGACGAGAGCUUGGCCGGAGCGGAAGACUUCCCCGUGGAGGCCGACAUUGACGCCACGACCACAGAGGUUUACAUGGGCGAGUGGAAGAACGACAAGCGGUCGGGCUAUGGCAUCAGCGAGCGCUCCAGUGGACUCAAGUACGAGGGCGAGUGGCACAACAACCAGAGACACGGCUACGGCUGCACCACAUUCGCCGAGGGGGGUCGCGAGGAGGGCAAGUACGUAAACAACAUGCUGGUGAAGGCCGUGAAGAAGAGGAUGAUCCACAUCAAAGGAACAAAGAUCAAACACAAAGUGGAGCGUGCGGUGGAGGGAGCGCAAAGGGCGGCCGCCAUAGCCAAACUAAAGGCCGAGAUCGCAGCCUCCAGAACCACUCAUGCAAAGGGGAAGUCUGACGGCGCGGACCAGGCGGCUCAGGCCUCCAGCGGUGAUGCUGGUCUGGCUCGCGCUGUGGCUAAAGAGCUUUCUCCUUCCUUCUAUCAGCCUGGCCCGGAGUACCUUAAGAAGCGCGCAUUGCUGGAGGCCAUGGAGGGCAGCGAGAACGCAGACACAGUGAUGCACGAGCCUCUGCUGGCCGAAGAGGAACCUUUACCCACCCCCCCAGAGAGCCCUGUGCCCAACGAGCUGGACCACCUCCUGGCAGAGUCUUCCCCUGCGCGCACCCCCUCCCCCAGCCCCGGCCUGCCUCUCCCUGCCCCUGCUCCGGCCCCUGCCCAGCCUAAAGAUGACCAUCUACUCAGCCCUGGAGCCUGGAGCGAAGGAGCUGGAAGGGCCAACAGCCGACCCACCACGCCCACUGCCCCUGCUCCUGUCCCAGCACCUGUUUCACCUGCCCCUGUCACACCUGCCCCCGCCCCUGAACCAAGCAUUCGAGGGUUGUCCCGUUCCCCCAGCAGACAGAGCAGCAAUAAGAUCGAUCAGGGCUCCGAUCUGGAAAUAUCACCUCUGAAAGAAUCUGAUGCCCCACCUUCAACACGAAACAGCUUCAUUUCUCCACAAGUCGAUGAAGACGAACCACCUCCUCCUCGCCCUCCGUCCAAAGUAUCCUCUAAAGCGGCCACUCCAGAACCGCCGAAGCCCGAGAGAGCUCCUUCAGUCCAGGAACGGUCACCUUCCAGAGCUGAGUCCAGGGAAACCAGUCGGCCCUCAAGCAGAGCGGAUGCACGGCCAGCGCUGAAGAGGCAGUCGAGUCCUGCUCCCAAACCUCGACUAGAGGCCAGAAUACCUGCGCCCAGAACCCCAGAACCCAAACCCGCUGAGGCCCAAGCUGUUGUGGCCAAACCGGCACCAAAACCUGAGCCCAAAGUAGAAACCAGACUGAAGUCCACAGGACCCAGUCAAAGUAAAGAGGAUCAGGAGGAUAUAGAGGGCCCGAACACCAUAUUGAUCUGUAUGGUACUUUACUUCAGGUUACAUUUGGAAGAUGGCGCCUCCUCUUAG